ACUCCCCCACUCUCCCCAGGGCCCUGGGAAGGGGCGCAGCGUGGGAAAAGGAUGGUUGAGUUUUAACCAGAGGCAGAGAGUGAGCAGGAUCAGUGUGUGCAGAACGCGAGCAACCGAGCGCGGAGAGCCGCUGCUGCUGUUAACUCCUCCCUGCCCUCUGCGCUGACUCUCCCCCGAGCCCCCGCGCAGCCAGCAUGAAGCGAGCCCACCCCGAGUACAGCUCCUCGGAUAGCGAGCUGGACGAGACCAUCGAGGUGGAGAAGGAAAGUGCAGACGAGAAUGGAAACUUGAGUUCGGCUCUAGGUUCAAUGUCCCCAACUACGUCUUCCCAGAUCUUGGCCAGGAAAAGACGGAGAGGCAUCAUUGAGAAGCGCCGGCGAGACCGGAUCAAUAACAGUUUAUCCGAGCUGAGGAGGCUGGUACCCAGUGCUUUUGAGAAGCAGGUAAUGGAGAAAGGAUCUGCUAAGCUUGAAAAAGCCGAGAUCCUGCAGAUGACCGUGGAUCACUUGAAAAUGCUGCACACUGCAGGAGGAAAAGGCUAUUUUGACGCGCACGCCCUUGCGAUGGACUAUCGGAGUUUGGGAUUUCGGGAAUGCCUGGCAGAAGUUGCCCGUUACCUGAGCAUCAUUGAAGGAUUAGAUGCCACAGAUCCUCUUCGAGUUAGACUGGUCUCGCAUCUCAACAACUACGCCUCCCAGCGGGAAGCUGCCAGCGGCGCCCACGCGGGCCUUGGACACAUUCCCUGGGGGAGUGCGUUUGGACAUCACCCGCACAUCGCACACCCCCUGUUGCUAUCCCAGAAUGGCCACGGGAACACUGGCACCACGGCCUCACCUACAGAACCACACCACCAGGGCAGAUUGGCCACUACACAUCCGGAGGCGGGUGCCUUGCGAGCGCCCCCUAGCGGCGGUCUGGGACCGGUGCUUCCCGUAGUCACCUCCGCCUCCAAACUCUCGCCGCCUCUGCUCUCUUCAGUGGCCUCUCUGUCUUUCCCCUUCUCCGUCAGCUCCUUCCAUUUGCUCUCUCCCAAUGCACUGAGCCCUUCCACACCCGCGCAGGCAGCAAACCUUGGCAAACCCUAUAGACCUUGGGGAACAGAGAUUGGAGCUUUUUAAGGAACUGACACUGUAAAAAGUGGGAAGGGAAAACGUAAAAUCCCAGCUGAACUGGACUGUUGCCAACAUCACCUUAAAGUCGUCAGUAAGAAUGAAAAGGAAAAAGGUACACUUGCAGAUAAACUUUGUUUAAAGACUCAAGGUUUGUUGGUUUAUUUUUUAAUUUUUUUGUAUGUCAUGUAUUAGCAAUUUUUAAAAACUAGUUGCUAAAUUUUGUCCGAAACAUUACAUUGAAAUAGUUAGUAUAAGCCAACACUAUGUGCUAGGUUUGUACUGUGCCUAAUUUACUCUUUAUACAUAUCUGUAUAAGAAUGAUUCUGUUUUUGCCUCAAAAUUUUGGGAAUUUUAACAUUUAGGUCUGUUUUUUUCCUUAUAUAGUUACAGUUUCUUUUUAGAAUUAAUUUUUUCCAACCACUAUGCUUGAUGUUAACAUAAUUCUGUUUGCUAAUGUCUUGACAGAUUAAGGUGUUAUAUAAAUAAUACUCUUUUUUUCUUUUUGGGAGGGAACUCUUACUGAAUUUUAUAUUUCUGAACAAAGCGUUGACAAAUCAGAUGAUCAGCUUUAUCCAAGGAAAGAAGACUAGUUAAUUACCUGGUUCCUACAGCAGUGAGGUGAAAGUACAAAUCUUCAAUGACUCUAAAUUCAUGUGACCAGUUGCUGUGGUCUGCUGGAACUCACAGUUCUAGCUUAGGAGAGAAACACCGCCAGGUCAGGUCUCCACUAGAAUACUGGUGGGGGAUGAAACUGAAGAUAAUUGUCUAGAAUAUGCUUGGAUUUGCUAGCCCUGAGCAGUGCAAUGAAUUUUUAAUCUCAUAGGCCUGAGAUUCACAGGUAUUAGAGUGGAUAAGUGAUCAUGGUGUACAAGUGGUCAGUCGAGAAGUACAGUGGAACCUGUUAAAUGCAUAACCUAAUUUUUCUGGAACUGCUAUAUUUUCUUUUAACUGGAAAUUUUUACGUUGUGUUUUCUUUUCAGUGCAUGGGAAUGUGGCUGUGGAGUUACUUAAAAGGGCUCUGCUGCCCUCUCUCCUCUUUGGUUUAUUUAAUUUGAUUCGGGCUAUAAAAGUAUCCUUUUACAGGUUUAUUCCUUUAGCAGGUGUAGUUUAAAUGACCUCCGCUGAACUGGGUUUGACCUCUAUUGUACUGAUGUGUUGUGACUAAAUAAAAAAGAA